CGACUGUAGAUUGCUGUUGUCGUCUUUCUUUCAGUUCUGGGAUUUCCCCACUGACAGCGUCUUUGUUCAGCGCCACGAGCGCCUCGCCAAUCUCAAGACCAUGGAUAUCCAGGAGACACAGCGGCUUCUCACGGAGUAUCUCCAUGAGCUCGCUGCUUUGUUCCAUCGGGUUCCCGGCUCUGCGAUCUUUCUCCGCUAUGUGAAGUCCAGCUACCAGAACGAUCCGAUCCGCUCGGCCGUGGAGCUUUUCUUGUUCCUGUUCGCCGUUCGCUAUCUUCUUGCGCCGAAGUAUUCGACCAAGCCCGGCGUCGUCCAACUCUCGGAAGAUGAGAUUGAUGAUCUGGUCGACGAAUGGACUCCGGAGCCGCUGGUCGGGAAGCCGACUCCCCUGGAGGCCAUGGAAGUGGACAAGCGUACUGUCAUCGUUGGCCCCGUAGGCCCGAAAUCCAAGCUCGCCAACGGCCGGACGGUCAUGAACCUGGGCUCCUACAAUUUCUACAACUUCAACACGAACGAAUCUCUCAAGGAGAAGGCGAUCCAGACGCUCCGCAACUACGGAGUCGGACCCUGUGGCCCGCGAGGCUUCUACGGUACCCAGGACGUGCACAUGAAAACCGAAGCCGACGUCGCCUCCUUCCUCGGCACCGCAUCCUGCAUCAUCUACGCCCAGGCCUUCUCGACCAUCUCCAGUGUGAUCCCGGCUUUCUCGAAGCGCGGGGACAUCAUCGUAGCCGACAAGGGGGUCAGCUUUGCGAUCCGCAAGGGCAUCCAGAUUUCGCGUAGUAUUGUCCGGUGGUACGAGCACAAUGACAUGGAGGAUUUGGAACGGGUCCUGGCCAAGGUGACCAAGGAGCAGGCGCGGAAGCCGCUCACCCGACGGUUCAUCAUCACCGAAGGUCUGUUCGAGUCGUAUGGUGAUAUGGUUGACUUGCCUAAAAUUAUCGAGCUGAAAUUGAAGUACAAAUUCCGCCUCAUCCUCGACGAGACCUGGUCGUUUGGUGUUCUCGGACGCACCGGUCGUGGUGUGACGGAGCAUCAGAACGUUGACGCGGCAGAAGUCGACAUGAUUGUGGGAUCGCUGGCCGGUCCAUUGAUUGCUGGUGGAGGCUUCUGCGCGGGAUCGGAGGAGAUUGUGCACCACCAGCGGAUCUCCGCGGCGGCCUACACGUUCUCGGCCGCGUUGCCUGCUCUGCUGUCGACCACCGCGAGUGCCACGAUCAAUAUGCUGCAAAAUAGCCCCGAGACGGUGACGCAGCUGCGGGAACACACCAAGGCCAUGUGGGCGCAGUUGGACCCUCGCAGCGAUUGGGUGUACUGCACCAGUGCCCCGGAGAAUCCCAUGAUGAUUCUGGUUCUCAAGCCCGAGGUGGUCCACGCGAAGAAGCUUUCCGAGGAUGAUCAACAAUUCUUGCUGCAGGAUAUCGUUGACGAGUGUCUUGCCAACGGCGUCCUUAUCAGCCGCCUCAAGACUCUCCAGGACAACUUCGAGCCGAAGCAGGUGGUGGCGCCUGCUUUGAAGGUCUGUGUGACGAUCGGCUUGACGCGAAAAGAGAUCGAGAAGGCGGGGACGAUCAUCCGUCACGCAAUUACGAAAGUCCUGAGCAAGAGGAAGUGAAUCGUUUUUGUCUGUUUCUCCGGCUGUCGUAGGGACCUGGCCAUGACGUUUAAUGCUUCCAUGAUACGCCCUCUGUCCUUUCAUCAUCAUAUUCUGCCCCAGCCUCAUUAUUUCCGGCCCUGUUGAUAAACCCACUGUCGAAGCACAAUUCCUGUACAGCAUAUUGCACCUAGAUGCUAGGUGAAACGCUCCUGCACAUGUCUUAAUGGACGGUCGACUCGCAUCAUUUGUACUGGGUGGUGAUCGUCUUUGUUUCCUCCUACUUCUUUGGCUACAUUGGUACCGUGGAUAUUAUUAGAGACCAUAUUAUUU